CCUCGCUGAGCAGGGAAAAGACCUUCCACUUCCCUAUACAUUGUAUAUAAUAUAAUAUAAUAAACAUAUAUUUUACGUGUAUGUCGUUGUUUUAAGUCGAUUCCAUCCCACUAUCUACGGGCCAAGACCGAGUCCGUGGAUCAGUUAAAAAGUAGUACUACAGUCAGUCAUUUCAAAUCACAUACAAGUUGGGUUAGGUUUUCUGGUGAAUCUAGUUCUGAGCUUUUGUCGUCCAAGUGUGUUUCUCCGCAGCGAGAUUGCUUGUCUGUGCCGAUGGGAUCUCUUGAGGAGAAGAUAGACUUUGAAUCUGAUGAAGAGAUACCUUUUAGCUCAUCACAAGCCACUGCUAAAGUGCAAGCUUUGCAUUUUGAGACAUCUCACAUUGUAUCACGUGCAAGUGUGUUCAGUACAUGGGCCUUAAAAAGGAUACAUAGGAUCAGCCCUAUGAGGAGUAUUUGUAUCGUUUUAAUUAAAGCAAAGAUUAACAUUUUGCUUCCUUUUGGGCCCCUUGCAAUACUGCUGCACUACCUUACCAGGAAGCAUGGAUGGGUCUUCAUUUUCAGUUUAUUGGGCAUUACACCUUUAGCAGAGCGUCUGGGUUAUGCAACCGAGCAGCUUGCAUUUUAUACAGGACCUACAGUCGGUGGCCUUCUAAAUGCUACAUUUGGCAAUGCGACAGAAAUGAUAAUUUCGAUAUAUGCAUUGAAGAAUGGGAUGAUUAGGGUUGUUCAGCAAUCAUUACUGGGUUCCAUCUUGUCGAAUAUGUUACUAGUGCUUGGAUGUGCCUUUUUCAGUGGUGGGAUCAUUCAUUACCAGAAAGUUCAGGUUUUCAAUAAGGCAGCUGCCCUGGUGAACUCAGGAUUGUUGUUGAUGGCUGUUAUGGGACUAUUAUUUCCAGCAGUGCUUCACUUCACACGUACAGAAGCACAUUUUGGGAAGUCAGAGAUGUCUCUUUCAAGAUUUAGCAGCUGUAUAAUGCUGGUGGCAUAUGCAAGUUAUCUUUUCUUUCAGCUUAAGAGUCAAAGUAAUCUUUAUAGUGCUAUUGGUGAGGAGAGAGAAAAUAGUACCGAAGAUUCUGAUGAAGAAGAAGUCCCUGAGAUUACACAGUGGGAAGCAGUUGGGUGGCUUGCUAUUUUGACUCUCUGGAUUUCUAUACUGUCUGGAUAUCUUGUUGAUGCCAUACAGGGAGCAUCCGACUCCUUGAACAUGCCUGUGUCUUUUAUCAGUGUCAUCUUGCUGCCAAUUGUAGGGAAUGCUGCAGAACAUGCGAGUGCUAUUAUGUUUGCCAUGAAAGACAAGCUUGAUAUCACCCUUGGAGUUGCGAUAGGUUCCUCGACUCAGAUAUCAAUGUUUGUGAUUCCCUUUUGUGUAGUUGUUGGCUGGCUCAUGGGAGAGCCUAUGGACUUGAAUUUCCAACUUUUUGAGACUGCUACGCUCUUUAUCACAGUUCUAGUGGUGGCAUUUAUGCUGCAGGAAGGGACAUCAAACUAUUUCAAAGGGUUGAUGCUUAUUCUAUGCUAUCUGAUUGUUGCUGCGAGUUUCUUCGUACAUGUUGACCUGUCAAAUGAUGAUGAUUAAAAAACCAGGGAAGGAGAUUGGCCGUUGCACCAAAACUUUCUUGGAUCAUGUAGUGAGAGAUUCAUAUGUUAUCCAUCAUUAUAAGAAGGCUGGAAUUUUUACUCUCUUUGGCUAAUAGGGAAAGAAAAAGGGAAUUUUCCCCGGAAGAAUGAACUGGAUCGUGUAACUUGUGUUGUUUUUUCUGUCCUUCUUUGAUGAUAGUUUUCUGCAAGAUAACUCUGCAUGGUAUUCU